AAGAAAGCGGAAGUGGAGAACACUGCUAAACAGAGAGACAGUGUUGUAUAAAAUCACUUUUUAUUGCGUUUAUCUUUACUUUACUUCGAAUGUUUGUUGUCUUUCACUUGAAAGGAAAACACUGACUUGCUAAAGUUGAACGGGCUGACUUUUGACAGCUUCUCAAAUUAGCCUCGCUCCCGAGCCGCAAACACAACGGAAGUUAGCCGUCGGUGUAAGAUCGUACAUUUGGUCAAAAAGGGUGAACAAAAUGUGUAAAGUCCGACAACUGAGGACGUUGGUCAAUCAGCGACUAAGCGAGGCCGCCGAAGAGAUAUUAGGGCUCGUUGAAAGAACGAUAGCGGAGUACCAGGAGGAACUUGGCCGGUCGAGAGAGGAGAACGAGCGACACCGCCGACUAGUGGACACUCUCUCUAACUGCACCGUCAGUGCAGACAGUCAGCAGCUGGCGAGUAACAAAGAAGAGCAGCAAGUGUGGAGCUGCAAUAUUGAGGAUCAUGAGGCAUCACAGUCCGUCCACAUCAAAGUGGAAGAACAGAACCUCUGGUCGAGUCAGGACAAAGAUUUUGCAGAAUUCUCCUUACCUUGCGGAGGUGAUGACGACGAGCUCUUACAAUGUGGUCCGUGUGAGGAGGACCGAGAGGCGCAGUUCCAAACUCAACAAGUGAAAGCGGAAACUCAGGAAGGAGGACCUGAGCCGUACAUCCACUUGGACUUGGGUCCACUUUUACAGGCUGAUAACGCCACGUCGGACUCUUCAGACGAGGCGCUGAGAAGCAACGCAGACAACAAAGGCUUUCAAUGUGCCGAAUGUGGCAAGACUUUAGCUUCCAGGCCCAGCUUGAAAAGACACCUCAAAAGGCACACGGGAGAGAAACCUUUCAGUUGCUCAUUCUGCGAUAAAAAGUUCACCGAGAGGUCUGACUUGGUGGUGCACGGCCGGAGUCACACGGGAGUGAAACCCUUCGCCUGCACGCUGUGCUGCUGGAAGUUCUCCAAGAAGAGUAGUUUGGUGCUGCACAUGAGGAGACACACGGGGGAGAAGCCUCACGUCUGCUCCGUUUGCGGGAAACGGUUCCGGCACCGCUGCACUCUGGUGGAACACUCCCGCCUUCACGUGCAAGGAAACACUUACUCCUGCUCGCUGUGCGGCGCCAGCUUCACCGGGAAGCGCAGUUUGGCGGAACACAGGAGGACGCACGCUGCAGAGCAGACCCUCUGCUGCUCGGUUUGUGCUCAGACAGUGUCGGGGGAGAGCUGUCUGAAGUUGCACAUGGAAACACACGCUGGGGGAGACCAGACGUCAGUUUGAGAUGAAGAACAUUGCUCAUUAGUCGUCAUCAUUCUUUGGACACCCUGGUCUACAAUGAUGAUAUGACCA